AGGCGGAUGGAUGAGCACAAGCGCUCUGACUGGUGUCGCGAAUGGUCCUCUCUCUCUCUCUCACCCUCUCCCUAACUCACGUGGAUUUGUUACGUUGGAGUGAUUGAUGUUGAGUGAUACAUUCGCAAGCUGUCCAUCAAGGGUUUCCAGUUUGGCAGCGAAGGCCGUAGACCUGUCAACAGCGGCGAUCGUAUUCUAUCAACUUUCCAGGGAAGUCGCUGGAUCAACUGCUACUGCCUCUUCUGCCUUAUUUCGAUCGAGGAUAGAGGCUUUCCCAAGCUCCGUAUUAGGCGUGAGGUUCCCCGUGUGGUGUUCCAGCAGAGAGUCCGUUCCAGCAGAGAGUCCAUUCCAGCAGAGAGUCCGUUCCAGCAGAGAGUCCGUUCCAGUAGAGAGUCCAUUCCAGCAGAGACUGUUUACUUGGAGUUCAUCCUUUGGGGAAGGUGGUGAGGAGAGACGCCAUGAUGGACCUCAAAGUUGCCGUCAGCUGGCUCAUACUGGCACUCAUACAAGUGAGCGUGGCCCAGGAGCCGUCGCUGGAACUUCUGCCUGCCAACAUCUUGAAGGCGAUAGACGAAGGGGUCUACAUCUCCUGCACCGCCAACGUAGAGGACCCCGGCCUGGUCACCGAGAUGAUGUGGUCCGGACCCAAUGGCAAGGAGAUCCCCAACAUCGACGGCACGCAAACCAGGAUCAAGACACUCGAGGGUAAUGAAGGCGCCGGCAAACUAGAUCUGGUGAUUCAGAGACUUCGUGAACAAGACACUGGUACUUACAACUGCACAGCAACUUACGCUGGCAAUCAGAAGCUCUCGGCUAGUGUGGCUGUAAAUGCAUAUAUGAACAUUGAUUUUGGAGAUUCGCCUGUCCACCAAACACCAACUAUUAACACAGAAUACAAGGUUCGGUGUACUCCAGUUGCCAAGCCUGCUCCUCAGGUUGAUUGGCUUAAGGAUCUUGUACCCAUGAAAAAUAAUGACAACUAUAUCAUCCAGCAGGACGGUAUAUUAAUAAAACGUGUGACGGAAGCAGAUGAAGGCGUGUAUCGUUGUCGGGCACGUGUGCCUGAAUUGGGUUCCAUUGAAUAUAGAGACAUUCAAGUGGAAGUCUACAUACCUCCAAAAAUUGACUCUCCUCCCGAAGACACAAAAGGUGUCGAGAAAGAUUCUGUUACCUUCCACUGUGGUGCCAGUGGCAAGCCUGUACCAUCAUAUUCUUGGGUUAACAAGAAUAAUGAACCUCUUGAGAAAAAGGAUGAUUAUUUUGUUGAUAGUGAGAAAGGUAUUCUAACAAUCAUGGGGCUGCAACCCGAACAUUCUGGUGUCUAUCGGUGUACGGCAAAGAGUCUUGCAGGGGAAGAUACUGCAUCAGCUAACUUGCAAGUUCUUACUAAGCCAAAAGUGAUAGAAUACUUAAAUAUCACCAAGCCUGUCGAUGAUGAGGCAGAGAUGCGGUGCAUUGCCACUGGUGACCCUUUACCCGAAAUUGUCUUCCAGAAGGAGACAAAUGCCGAGGCUUUCCAGACUGGAAUAAAUCAAGAUGACAGAAUUGAGGUGGAGCAAGCAACUGAUGAGGAAAAUCGCCGUGUUGGCAUCCUAAAGAUUCGAGGAGUGAGACGAUCUGAUGAUGGACUCUACACGUGCACUGCAAAAUCUGAAGGAGGGGAGACGCAAGUCUGGGGGCAUAUCACAGUGGAAUUUAAGCCAUCAUUUGAAGAACAGCCAUUCAAGGAAUUAUGGUCUUGGAAGCAGCAACCUGUCAACCUAACAUGUCUAGCAAGUUCCAUUCCUAAUGCAACAAUUCAGUGGUAUCUUCGUAAUCAGGAAAUUUUUAAAAAUGAUCCAAAUCUCAAAGUUCUUGAAUAUGGUCCACUUGGCGUUCUCAGAGUUCAUCCUGUCAGUAACAGUUAUUUUGGAGAUUACACGUGUGAAGCCACUAACCGCCUUGGAACGGCAAAAAUGAGUUUGGAGCUAAAAGAAGCACAUGCUCCAGGGCCAAUUACCAGUGCCAAGGUGGAGAAGAAGACAGCGACCACUAUCACCUGGAGUAUUAUUGACCCGAUGGAUGAUGGUGGACUUCCCAUCCAAGGAUAUAUUGUGGAAUACCGACUCCAAGAUUUGACUUGGGAUAAUGCUCAAAGUACUCAGUGGACCAAAGGUUCUUCGUACACUUUGGAUGGACUAAAGCCACAAGAAACGUACAUUUUCCGCUUUGCUGCUCGAAGUGAAGCUGGAAAUGGAGAAUGGAGCGGUGAAAAAAGUGAAGAAAUGCCAAGACGAGCUGCUCCAGAGGAACCUCUGAUCUUCAACGUUGAUAAGCACGUAACGGAAAUACCGUACCCAAACCAGUAUAUGUUGCAGUGGCAAGUGCCUCUUGACAAUGGAGAGAAAAUUGAUUUCUUCCAGAUUAUCUAUUACCAGGUGCACAAUGUGACAGGAGUGUGGGAAAAUGCUGGCACUAAGAUGACAAGAGAAGUGGAAUUCCCGGGCCAAACGACCUACACCAUCGAGAACCUGCGUAGUAACUCGUAUUACAAGAUUGAGCUACGUGCCCACAACGAAAUAGGCUUCUCAACUCCUGCCGAGGCAGUUAUCAAGACUGCUAAUGAUCCAUCGGCAGUGACAGGUAGCGGGUCGGGGCCGUCCGUGCAGUACAGUAGCGUUGCCCCUUCCACCAGUGCCCCCGCCCACGGCCCCAAUCCUGAAGAAUCUACGGAAUCAGAGCUUGGAAUUGGUAUCAUCAUUGCAAUCGUAGUCAUCGCAGUGCUCGUAAUAGCUUUGGUUGUUGAUGUGGCGUGCUUCUGUACAAAUAAUGCCGGUUUAACUGCUGCUAUUCUCAGUAAGCGAGGGGCAAAGGAUAAAGAUAAAGAAGCCAUGCUCGAGGAUGGGAAAAAUGCUAGUGCUGAUACUCUCAAUGAAGAAUCCAAGGAUGAAACGAAAACCAUCGAUGAAAAACCCGUCCCCGAGAAGGAGCUUCAGAAACCCCUCGAGAAAAGCGUAGACACUAAAUCCGAGAAAGAGACUGAUGAUAAGCAUGAGGGAAAUGGUGAAAUGAAGUCACAAAAGGACGAUGGUACCAAACCGGAGAAGGAAGACUCUGAGGAGAAGAUAAAGGAUACAACAGAACCAACGGAAACCACACCUAUGAUUCAGGGACUAGUUGUGAACGACAAAAAUCAAGGUGUUGUAAUCGGUCCCAAAAAUGUAGAGAGACAACAAGAGCAAAGAGUGACAAAGGAGGAAAUACAGUUACUGGAUAGUUGGAACUCAAAUAAUCAGACUUGUCAACCCCAGAUUGUGAAAUCAAUUAUGAGGAGAAGGGCAACUGAUGAUGAAUUAAAUGGGCGGGCACAAAGUAUGGCUUGUGAGAAUACAUUUGGUUUAAAGAAAAGUAGUAAAAGCACUCCCAUUCUAGAUAGCGCCAUGUCUGAGGAGUCUCUCUAUGCUGUCCCAUUAUUAAGUGAAGAUAUGCAUGGGGAACAAACAAACUUAAAACAUACUUUUCGAGAUGGCAAAAAUAAGGUGCCGCCGCCACCACCCCCCAGAAGAAAUGUUUACUCUUCUCUGACAAAUGUUCAGAGGUCAAAAAGUCAAGAGAUGCUUUUUGACAACUACAAUCAAAUUCCACAAAUGAUGUAUUACGAAGAGAGACAAGUUAAUAGAAAACCUGAAAGUCAAUACAUGUCAGCAAGCAGAGAAAGGGUUUAUGGGGAAGCAGUGAAUGAGGGUUCAGAAGGUUCAUAUAACAUGUUGAGAAACAAAGAACCACUUUAUCAAGAAGCAGAAAGUCCUUAUUAUAUAACAGUAGGAGAUGAAUGGAGUCGGGGGUCAGAACGCAAUAUGUCCGGAAGCAGAGGGACAGGUAAUUUGCAGGCUGAAAAUAUUAUAAAUAAUCCAUAUUAUAUGAGAACAAGUAAAGAAGAGGUGAACAGGUUGCCAACAAAUUUGUACGACAUGUCAUCAAGCUUACAAGGCCUAAAUGAACAAAUGAAACUGGGAAGCAGAGUACAGAAUGAGAGUGGCAAGAAUCCUUGUAUAUUUGCUAGUAAGGCAUGUAGGUCACCAAGUGAAAGCUCAUCAAGCACUUUAUAUCAACCCCUGAAUACUUUAGAAAACAAAACAAAAACCCAGGUUGCCUAUGAAAUUGCACCUUAUGAUGCUGCACUUAAUAUGAACUCUAGGAGGAAACACCCAGAGAAAAUGAGUUUUGGUGAAGAUAACACGGUCCAAGUCCCACCAUGUAUUGAAAUUCCAAGCAUCCCUCCAGAAGUGGUCAUUAGUAGUAGAUAUCCUUCAAAGAGACCUGGAGUUCCACCACCCAAUAUACCUGUAAAACCGUAUAGUAUACCAUCUGUUCCACUAUUAAAGGGUAAAGAAUUAUCAUCAGCAUUACAAGACGUAAACGAACAGAAAAUAGGAUUGAAGACGGCAACGCAUGGUUACUCGCAUGAAAUCUCAAAACCUCUAAGUCACAGUAUGGAUAAACUAGAUGGGGAAUACAAUACUUCAGGAAGUGUACCAAAUUAUGUUUUCAAUGCAACGUCAUUAAGUUCAGCCAAGUCCCUUGGAAGCCUAUUGGAAUCAACCAGAGGUCAACGGUCGUAUGGUCAACCUACUUUCCUCUAACCCUGUGCAUGCCAUAUAAUAGGAUUAGAAUGGCUUCCACUUAGUGCUGUGAGGUGGAUGAUAAGGAAGCCAUCUUGAAAGAGGAGCAAAAGGGCGAAAAUGUGAAGAAAAGCGAGUCCAAGAACAGUGUGACGAAGGACUCUCCGGUGUAGGCACCACACGAUACUAGUGUAAUUGAAAUAUUAAAUACACAGGCUACAAGGCCAUGUUGGCUUUGCUUGUGGAAUGAGAUUAGAAUUCCUGUAGAAAAUAUUACAUUAAUGAGACAUCAUGUGCAGUAAUGGAAUGAAUUAUAGCCAUCAUUAUACGAAUAUGUAGGUUUUGCCAAAGAACAUGCGAGAGGAGGAACUAUUUUGUAUCUGUGUUUUUUCAUUAAUAGAGUAAUGUAACUUUUCAGAAUGGACGUACUUACAAUACAGUAUAUACAUCUUGUUAGUCAUAAUGAAGCAUUUAGUAUUCACACCAGUGAGGUGUAUGCUAAAUAUAUGGUCGAGUGUAAACUUCCUGUCUAAGAUGUGUAAAAAAUAUAAUUGCAUGUUCCAGUGUAUAGUGGAGAAUGACAGGUGGUGAUUCUCACAUGGUUUAUUGCUUUAACACAGUCAUGUACAACUGGAGGGGUGAAUGCAACCAUUCAUGUAUAACUUCCGUAUUUAUAGACAGAAAUGUGGCAAAUAAACGACGAUGUACUUUCAGUCUCAGUCCGAUGUUUCAGUCCGUCCUGGACCAUGAUGAAGUUAAUUAAUGGUCCAGGGGGAGCGAAAAGUUGGCCUCAUCUGGUGGUGUGGUUUUGUCUUCUUUAUAUAACUCCGUUAUGUGGAAUAAAGAGAGACUGCU